AUGACAAAAACACCCAAGCAUCAGGCGCUUAGAAGAGUCAAAGUGUACUUGUUAGAAGACGCAUGGAUAGAUAAUGGAACAGGGUAUUGUUUCGGAGAGAUUGACGAAGAUAAAGUUCCAUAUUUAAUUGUCAGAAAUGAAUUGGACCAAAAAGAUGUAUUGUUGAAAGCUAAAAUAGAAGGCUCAAUUCAAUUCCAGAGACAACAAGAUACUCUUAUAGUAUGGACUGAUACCAAAGGUCAUAAUAUUGCCUUAUCGUUUCAAGAAAAAGAAGGUUGUUUAUCCUUAUGUGAUUUUAUUAUAAAGUGUCAUCGUGGGAAAUUUGCCCCGUUAAUUUCAUUAAUAGCAGUCAUAUCUAAUGACAUGGAUGGUGACAUAACAGAAUUGAUUACUGGACCAAUAAAUUAUCCUCCAUUAGAACCAACUGCUGGUGAUUUAAUUGAGAUUUCAAAUUGUUUCAAUGAAAACCCCAAUUCAUCAUACCAAAAACAAUCAAUAUCAAAUUUCAUCAAAAACGGUAAUUAUAUAUCCAAAUUAAUUGACAUUUUCAAUGAAAGUGAACAAAAUAGGAAAAUCAAAAACCUUCAUUUACUUUGCAACAUUGUGAAGACUUUAAUACUGUUCAAUGAAGGCUUAAUUAUUGAAAUGAUCCUAGAUGAUGAAAAUAUAAUGGGUGUUGUGGGUAUGUUGGAAUAUGAUCCAGACUUUCCUCAAUUCAAAUCAAAUCAUAGAAGUUUCCUUCGAGAUGAUUCUAAGUUUAAAGAAGUUCUCCCCGUUAAAGAUGAGCAUAUUAAAAAAUUGAUCAAAAAAACUUUUAAAUUACAAUUUUUGAAAGAUGUUGUUUUGGCAAGAUUAUUAGAUGAUCCAACUUUUAACUUAAUAUCAACUUUAAUACAUUUUAACCAGGUUGAGAUUAUUGAGUUUCUUGAAAAGGGAACUUUUAUUGAUGAGUUGUUCAAAUUAUACCAAGAUGAAGAUAAUACUGAAGAUACAACAAUACAGAAAAGAGAUGGUAUAAAGUUAUUACAUCAAUUCAUUCUUAUAGCAAAAAAUUUACAACCACAUCAAAAGACAAGUUUUUUCAAAAGUUUAAUAAAGAAAGGCUUGUUCAAAACCAUAAACUUUGUUAUGAAGGAUAAUUCAACUGAAAUACGGGUCAUUGGAACUGAACUGAUUGUAACAAUAAUUGAGCAUGAUGUAUUAUUAAUUAAUGGUGUCGUAGAUGAUGAAGAAGAAGAAGGAGAAGAAGUGAAUGAUGAUGAUAAUGACGAUAAUGACGAUUUUAAACAUGGUAAUGGCAAUUUUUUCAACGGUUUUGACUAUGAGCAAGAUGAAGAGCCACCGCAUAUCACAUACAGACAUAGAGAAAUCGUUUUAUCUGAUGAUAUGACUUUGUUAAUCAUCUUGACACAGUUUUUGUUGGAAGAUAAUGAUCCAGGUUUAAAAAUCCAAGCAUUUGAAGCAUUGAAAUCAUUAUUAGAUCCUGUUAAUAACUUGAACUCUGCAAUCAUGAAUAAUGAUGAUUCAAUGAUUGAUCAAUUAGAUGCAACUAAAUUUUUCAAGGCAUUUUAUGAUAAAGUUGCUCCAAUUUUGUUCAAACCAUUAAUGAACAUUGAAAGAAAAGAUGAUAAUCAACAUAACGAUGAAUUGUUCAUUUACCUUUGUGAAUUGAUCAACUUUUGCUCCAAAGAUAAAUCAAUAUCAAGAUCAUUCUUUCUUGAAAAUCACAUUUUAAUUGGAAUAACACAACUGAUCAAACCAACUCAUAAAUUACAACUGAGAUUAGCUGCUGUUAGAAGUAUCAAGUCUAUAAUACUGUUGAAUGACGAUUAUUACACCAGAUAUAUUAUAUCCAAUAACAUUUUAGAGCAAGUUUUCGAGCUUUUUGACGAAACUAAUGGAAUAUCUAAUUUGGCAAACUCAACUGUUCUUGAUCUUUUAGAAAUGAUCUUAUUGGGGAUUGAUAAACUUGAUAAGAGGAAAAAUGUCAAACUUUUGGCUACUUAUAUCGUUUCCAAUUUCAAAGCAAGUUUAGACUCAGUUGAUUCUGUUAGUUCUGGUAAGGAUUUGAUCAAAUUUGCUGAACAAGAUGUUGUGAAUACCUCUACAACAACAAAUGAGUUAAAUGAUGAUGAAAACUAUGAAGAUGAUGAUACACUGACAAGACCACCAGAAAUUUCAACAGAACCAUUAGAUGAAGAGGAUGUUUUGAAUAACGAAGAAAUUUUAAAAGAGAAAAGUUUGAACAGAACAUCAAACAAAGUUCCUGAAAAAAGAUCAAGAGAAGAAGACUUCGAAUCAUCGCAUGAAAUUAAAAAGAAGAAUUCACUGAGAGAGAAAUUUUCAAAUGCAGGAAAGAAAAUUGCAUCAAAAUUCAAAUGA